AUAGUGUCGGGCUGAUGUCCUUCAAGGGCGGCGGUCUAUUGUUUACCAAAAGCGUUUACAGUAACUUGUAACAUCACUUAUCGCCACCGUAUACUGAGACAAUGUAGUGUGCGAGCAGCAUAUAAGUGUGGUUUCUCGAAAUUUAGGAGCUGCGAGUACGCACAUUGAUUACAAGCAGCAAGUGUUAACGAGAACUCACUCGUACCCUUCAUUGCAGGAUCCCCAAUCCCUUGCAUGGAAAUCCUUCCUUGCUUAUGCCUGAAGUACGUCUGUGCGCACUCGGGUAAACGGAGUAUUUGCGGCACGAGCGCGCGCGUGUGCAGAGAGCGGGCGUUUGUUAGUGGCGCUAUGCUCGACAAGCCCGCCUCGCAGCGCGUUGCUGCCGCGCGUAUUCACGGUCGAGGAGUCAAAGACGCGCGGUUUUCACCGCUGGGCCGCCGUUGCGUUCGUCACCUUUGGCGUGCCUCCCACGGGGGAGAGAGUCCGGACAGCUGCGCAGCGAGGGUCGGGUGUACUACCUGUACACGGUCGCCACUCAAGGACAACCGACUAGUCCCGAGGUGCGUCACUGCGCUUCCCCGGUGCGUGCGGCAGGCUGCCACUCAUCGGCGACUAGUGGUCGCACAACUCUUGUGAUUCAGUCGCGGUUGUGAUCUCGUGAACCCCGGUCUCAAGGUCAAACCCGAGCGUCGUCGACGUGUGCUCGCGGCCAAGGCCGCCUCGUGGCGCCUCCCCAGCUUAGAUCGCGCUACGGAGUGCAGCAGCCGGUUCUCGUGUGCGCACCUGUUGCCGUCGGCAGCAUGUACAAGAAGGAGCGGCCGAAGCUUUCCGUAACUGCUCUGUUGUACGGCUCUGCGGGGCCUGCGGCCUCGUGGCCGACGCGACCGCUGCAACCGCCUGAUGUUUCUCCCCCGGGCAUUCGCACAGCGCCGGGCUUGAACGGCGGGACCUCCAACGGAGUCUCGAGCAGCCUUCCGCCGCAGCCGUCUUUCCUGCUGAGCGGCUACGGCGCACCCUCGGCCAGUCGAUCCCCGUUGGACGGUCGUCAGCUGAACAACGGACCACCGGCCGCUCCGCAGCAAGCAGCCACGCGUUAUCCUCCCAACCACCCGCUGAGUGGCUCCAAGCAUCUCUGCUCCAUUUGCGGAGAUCGGGCUUCGGGAAAGCACUAUGGCGUGUACAGCUGCGAGGGGUGCAAGGGCUUUUUCAAGCGCACGGUGCGGAAAGACCUGACAUAUGCCUGCCGAGAGGAGCGCAACUGCGUCAUCGACAAGCGGCAGCGCAACCGAUGUCAGUACUGUCGCUACCAGAAGUGCCUCUCCUGCGGCAUGAAGCGGGAGGCUGUGCAAGAGGAACGACAGCGCACAAAGGACCGUGCCGACAGUGAAGUGGAGAGCACAAGUGGUGGCGCACCCCCAGAGAUGCCCUUGGAACGCAUACUGGAGGCAGAGUUGAGAGUUGAGCCGCACACCGGCACCCUCUCCGAGAACGCCCAACAGCAAGAUCCUGUUAGCAGCAUCUGCCAAGCAGCUGACCGACAGCUGCAUCAGUUGGUCCAGUGGGCCAAGCACAUUCCACAUUUCGAGGAGCUUCCCAUCGAGGACCGCAUGGUGCUGCUUAAGGCUGGUUGGAAUGAGCUACUUAUUGCUGCUUUUUCACACCGCUCCAUAGAUGUGCGUGAUGGCAUUGUGCUCGCAACAGGCCUCGUGGUGCAGCGGCAUAGUGCUCACAGCGCUGGCGUUGGAGCUAUCUUCGACCGGGUUCUUACUGAAUUGGUAGCAAAAAUGCGCGAGAUGAAGAUGGACCGCACCGAGCUUGGCUGUCUGCGUGCAGUGGUCCUCUUCAAUCCUGAGGCAAAGGGUCUACGCAGCACUAACCAAGUGGAGGCUCUAAGGGAGAAAGUAUACGCUGCCCUGGAAGACCACUGCCGACAACAGUACCCAGACCAACCAGGGCGCUUUGCCAAGCUACUUUUGCGGCUUCCAGCUCUGCGCAGCAUCGGGCUGAAGUGCCUCGAGCACCUCUUUUUCUUCAAGCUCAUUGGAGACACCCCCAUUGACAAUUUUCUCUUAACUAUGCUGGAGACCUCAUCUGAUGCAUGAGGAGCUGUGCUGCGUAAGCUCACCGACGGGAUGGUAUGCCUGUGCAGCUUGUUUGUUUAAUGUUUGUCCAGUUACCUCGGGGUGACAUCAGAGCCCUGGCUUCACUGCCACGUGUCUCAGUUGUGAGGGGGAAAGAGGCUAUGUGAUGCCGUUCUUUUUUAGCAUGUUGACUAUUGGCCUGCAAAAAAGAAAGCUCCCAAUCACUCCUCUGCAUAUUAGAGGUAACAUAAAUGUGAUACAAUGUUUAAUGGGCCUUGUUUUAAAAAUUGAAAAUAUUUUAGAUGUAAAAAACAAGAGUGGCAUGCUUGUUAUAGGCCUGUCACUCUUCAAGAUCCACUUAUAAUAAUGUAAUAGUUGGAUGUUGCUAUAGGUUUUAGCAUUGACAGGGUAUUCAUUUUAAUUUGUUUUUGAGAGGGGAGGGGGGUGGCUAUUGUCAGUUAUGUUGCUGAAUAUACUUUUAUUAUAGUUCUAGUUGGAGCAAGUUGAUUGUAGUGACACAGUUAAAACUAGUACAUGAUUAGAGCCAAAAGAGUAAGAGUGCUUACUGAAUGUGUUAGCUUGCAGCAGUUCUUAUUAUUUGGAAGGAAAUAUAUACAGAACCGUCUUGCAAGUGUGGUUGGCUUGCAUCAAGAUUAGAAAUGUUGAGCUUAGCUCUUUCGAGAACAAUGCAGUUGAGUGUUUAAAGCAUGCAAUGUUUGUAAGGCCUUGCUAUAUUUUUAGCUCUUUUAAUCAACAGCAAUUGUUGUAUGCACUUCGUCCCUACAAUGAGAGACUUAAUUCAAGACUCUGGGCUACAUGUAAGAAAUUGAGGCAUUCUUUUUUGGAUCUUGUUUUACUGCUCUCUCAUGCUGUCAUUUGUUUAUUACAAUUCAGCCAGCACAUUGUGUAUCACAAAUCAGCACAACCAUGUCAUUGUUUCUUGUUGUUGAGUACUUUGAAAGGCUACCAUUUUCAUGGCUUGCUUGUUUUUGUUUUGUUUCUUUUUUCACUGUGAAGAGUGCAAAUUUUUUUAUUGUUAGCGCACUUGUUUUUUCUUGCACAUGCUCUUAGUGUAUGUUUGUCACCAUGUUGGUUGCACAUCAUCAUCAUCAACCUGACUACGCUCACUGCAGGGCAAAGAUCUGGCAAUCAACCCGGUGUUGUGCUUUCUGUUGCCACUUACCUGCGAACUUUUUAAUCUCAUCGG